AUGACUCGCUUGUUCCAGUUCAGGGCUGGUCGCUGCGAGCGUCGAGGUGAAACGAACAUUGUGGAUCCCUUGCCUUCAAAAGGGUUGUUGUAUGUCGAACACAACGAAGACGAUGGGGCAUUGAACCACUUGUGCUACAAAGAUCUAGAAUCGGGAGCCGUGAUCGAUGAUUUUAUCAUCUUCGCUGGCGAUGCAUCCUUCCAAAAAGUCCUGGUUCCCGACUCCGCAACUGCCCGAGUUUAUGCGCUCUGCUUCUCCUCAUCAAACCAAAAAUUGCUUUACUGGAUGCAAGAUCCUGACCACACCACCGACGCAGCGAAUGUAGCACGCCUUAAUCAACUGAUCGUUGAUGAGGAACAGAUGUCAAUGGAGUACCCUGCUACAGCUGAUGGAAAUCGGCAAGAUUCUCCAGCCCAAGCUGCAAUCCGACCUGAAGCACCAGCAGCCCCUCAGGGAGUAUCAGUUGAACAGAUGAAUCAAUUACAAAGUAUCAUUGCGGGAUUCGGGCAGAAUAGCGCCUCGAUUGGACAAUCAUCGUUCAGAUUAGGAGAUAUCCUUACCAUGGAGGUGGUCGAGCCGAUCUUGAAUGAUCCUGAAAUCCUCAGUAGCCUGCAGAGUUAUCUGCCACCCGGGAUAAAACCGGAUCCAGAGUCGGUUGGAAGAGUAAUCAGGUCCUCAGACUUCAAGGCAGCCGUCGAAAACUUCGAUGUCGCCUUGAGACAGUCGGCGAGUGGCAAUCGGGACGAUGGCUUGAUGAUGUUCUUGCUUCAUGGCUUGGGUUUGAAUGCUGAUCAAUGUGAAGGCGUCGAGGAUUACGUGGAUAUAGUUUUGAAACUAAAUGAUAGCCCAAAAAAAUGAGUGUUCUCAGUCUUAGAGCUUCUUCUAUCUCCUAUCUCUGAAUAGUUAGCUGGGUGGUCUUGAUUUGGCUUUGAGCCUGCAAGACAACCGAACAUAACAAGCAUAAUCUUUUCCUCGCUAUGUAAACAGUUCAUCAGUUUCUUUUCACAUAUUUUGGAAUCCAUCUCGCCAGGUCUGAAUGAUCAUAUUCGCUCUUUCAAGACGAUUGUCCCCCUUCAUGAGCUACUUAACAUUUGUUCAAUCUGGUGCUCGAGUGGCUGGCGGAGGUCCUUUGGAAAGGAAUCCAAUGAGCUAAAAAU